UUUAAUAUAACUCAAAAAAUCUACCAUAUUUUGUCGUCUUAUGUUUAUAUAUUAUUAUAAUAUUAUAUACGUCUUUUAUACACGCGGGUAGAUUUUUAUUCGUCGUGAAGUAAAAGAAAAAGCCACAAUUGCUCGUUCAUAUUCCAAAAACACAAUCUUUAAAUUUAAAAGAAAAAUGUCAACUGUCGUUGAUACAUCUCAUAGUUUUACCUAAUUUAUUUUUCCAAACAAUCUACAUCUACCUAUUAUACUAAAGAUUUGUCUUUAGAAGUUUUUCCUACUUACGAGGACGUCAAUUAAUCAGAAAAAAUGAAAGAUAAACCGAAUUCAACUCGUAUUUAUGACGAGGAUGGAUUUCGCAGGCGAGCUGCUUGUAUAUGUGUACGCAAUGAUUCCGAUGAGGUGUUGUUGGUGACUUCAUCUAGUAGACCUGAACAAUGGAUCGUACCUGGUGGUGGUAUUGAACCUGAAGAAGAACCAAGUGCCACUGCUUUAAGGGAAGUAGUUGAAGAAGCUGGUGUUGUGGGCAGAUUACAUAGAAGACUUGGUACAUUUGAAGAUAGGACUCAUAUCAGACGACAUAGAACAGAUGUGUUUGUUAUGAUUGUAACUGAAGAAUUAGCCGAGUGGGAAGACUCUUUGGGCAUAGGUCGCAAACGGAAAUGGUUUAAAUUGGAAGAUGCACUAAAUAUGCUACGUUUACACAAACCCACUCAACACACGUACCUGGAAAGUUUUGCUCUCAAUAAACAAAAAGCAAACAUCUGAAAUAGUCAUCCUUUAAAUAAAUUAUUUGCUCUAAAUGGAAAAAAAAAAUACUCCCUAAAAUGUUUAGAUUAAAAGUAAUAUCAAUUUGCUAAUAGAUUUUAGUCUAUUUUUAAUCAAUGAAUUCAAUUUUAUGUUUAAUAUCAAGUUAAGUUUAUUUACUUUUAGAUAUAAGGGAAGA